GGACCCGGAGGAUUGAAUUUGUUGUUGUUUUCUUGUCGCGUUCUCUGCUAAUUGCGUCGGCAUACGAGUGGGUGUGUCCGCCGACACUGACUGUGAUUUGAGAAGAGGUCUGUGUGCCCCAUGAUACGUGGAUAGCCGAAACACAGAUGCUUGCCAACACUUCCAACAUCUUACAGAUGUGCAGUUUCGACGCGAACAAGUCGACGAAGGGGGCGUCGAAGCUUCGCCGAGACCUGAUCAACGCCGAGAUCGCCAACCUGCGGGAUCUGCUGCCGCUGCCUUCCUCGACGCGGCAGCGGCUCUCGCAGUUACAGCUCAUGGCGCUGGUUUGCGUCUACGUUCGGAAAGCCAACUACUUCCAGCAUGUGUUUCGGAAACACGAACUACCUCAUGAAAAUAUGCUUCCUCAGUUUGGCUUUUCCAAGGCGCUUAGUGGUUUCCUCAUGAUGAUGACUCAAAAUGGAAAACUACUCUACAUAUCAGACAAUGCAGCAGAAUAUUUGGGGCAUUCUAUGGAGGACUUGCUGAUCCACGGCGACAGCGUGUACGACAUCAUCGAGAAGCAGGACCACCAAGCCAUACAGACCGAGCUGAUGCGGAGCUCGGGCCCCCUGGGGCUGGCCACCGACAGCCGAAUGUUCCUCUGCCGCAUGAACGUCUCCAGGAACGCUCGCAGGCAGAUGCGUUUCGGGGACCAAAAGGUGGUGUUGGUAGAGGGUCACUUCGUCAGCUUCCUCCCCCUCUGCAGCCGGAACGAGCCCGUCUUCCUGGCCACGUGCACUCCCGUCGCUAUGCCCGAAACGCGGGAGUGCGUCGUGCAGGGCAGCACGUCGGUUUUCACCACCAUUCACGCCAUGGACAUGAAAUUCCUGCACGUCGAUCGGAUAGGCGAAUUCCACUUGGGCUACAGCAAAUCCAGUUUGCAAGGUGUGUCAUGGUACGAGCUUGUGCACUGGGAACACUUGAGAGAAGCCCAAUCCAAGCACAGACUCAUCACGCAGUCCGAGCAAGAGAGGUCAUGCAUCAUACUGCUACGACUUCAAGACAGUUCUGGCCGCUGGCUGUGGGUCCAUGUGGUUCUGCAGAUCAAAGAUGGCACCGACACAACACAGCAGUCCGUCAUAGUAUGCACCAAUCAGAUACUCAGUGAAAAAGAAGCCGCCGUGAUGCGAGCAAACAGUUGGCUGUAUCAGUAUUACUCCCUGCAUUCCAAAAUGCAUUAUGGUCUCGCCUAUGAAGCUCAUCCUUCCCGUCUUCCUACUUACUAUUCAGCAAUGAUGCCUUACCACCCAUCUCCCACGGAAGCAGCCGUCCCGCAUUCCCCUUAUCAUCUACAUCCACCACCACCACCUUUGAACGGAUCGUCAUCUCAACCACAGCCCCAAGCACCUCCUACAGUUCUCCAAUACGGCGGUGUUCCGUAUACAAGUUUACCAUCAGAAACUGAGCAGGCGCGAUGGCCCACGGCUGUCAAGAGGCCGGCAUCUCCCACCACCACAUCAAGUAGUCCCAGCAAAUCUCCUUCCAGAGUGACCACAUCCUCGUCAUCGUCUCUUGGCCGAAAUUCGUCCGGAUAUCCAACAACUGCUCCAGAAGUGGUUGUUCCACCUUCGGCCUACUAUGGUAGCACCCAGGUUUACGCAACUGUUUCCUACUCUCACCUCGUCUCUUUGCGUGGUCAAAAACAGAUGGAUGAUGAGUCUGUUGAACAGUCGCUAACCCCCACCAACACAGAAGAAGUGUCGGCCAUGAUCUCGCUGGCGAACAGACCGUCAUCUUACAUUCCGAUAGCAUCGGUCCUGUCGGAAAGCAAUCGUGUGCUCUCUGAUGGAUGUACGGACGAUCUUGUGAGGCGACAAGAAGAUCCAAGUUCUCGUGGUCACUUCUUCUGUCCCUCACCACGAGCGACAAACAGGUUCGACCUUUCCUACAUGCGCUACGGAAAUCCAUAUUCCAUGGUCGAUCUCGAUCACUGCAGAAGAUUGUCCAAAUGGGACAAAGACAUUCGGCAGGGCUUCUGGAGUAACAGCGAGUCCCAUCCUCACCUGGGACCCAUGCAAGGUGAUUGUUUUCCCUACACCGACAGCAGUUGCACCAAAACGUCUUUCUUAGAAACUGGACCACUAUAUCAGGACCUCGGACAAGAUCAGUGUUUCAGGGCGAGAUUCCUGGGAUACGACAUCCCUAAGAGAGAAGUGGACAUUCUACGGAUUUCUUCCGAAGAUCACAAUGGGACAGUCAUGGAAAAUCAACAAGACGUCUAUAGCAACAGCAAUCCUGCAAGUGCCAGGACGUGUCUAGUCAGGCCAAGCAAUAGUCCUUCACCUCACAGCAGAGCUAGUUCAGAGUGCUGAUGGUUUUUGCGCCGCGCAAGUGUAUAAAUUGGAUUCCGCCGAGGGAAGGAUAGAAGGUAUGGCAUAUUGUCAGAAAUUUUAGAAUGGACUCAGUUCCUGAGAUUCUAACCCAGUGCUACCUCACCACUCCUGUGCCAGACAGACACCAGAUGAAUCACGUGCUACUUGCAAGAACUACUCUCAUUUGGCCAUUGAAAAAAGACUUUCUGCAUCAAGAAGUUUGUGAACUGAUCAUUUGGAUGAUAGACAAUUUGAGCAAAGUGAUUGUAAACAACGUGUGUGGGACUAGCUGCAAGAACAAUAAUUUCAGAUUCAAUCAUAGUUAAGUUAUUUUCAAACUGAAAAGGACAUUUACAAAGUGCUGUCAGCAGUGUUGUGCUUAAUUUUCUUCUUCGAUCAUGGUGCGGGUAAAAAUUAUGAGCAAUACUCAUUGGUGUCCACGUGGAAAGAGGAAAAGUAAAUCCCCCACUCCCCUUCCCCUC